AUGCGACCAGACUACACCAGAUCCCGCUCCUCGUCCUCGUCCCAGUCGCCCGCUCCCUCCCGCUUCCUCAGAGUCCGCGCCAGGCCCCCCAGGGCUGUCUCAACCAGGACCGUCACCAGAACAUCGACAUCGACAGCCACGACUACAACUACCACGACGGCGACAUCGACGACCACCAGCGCCCUCAACCAGCUGCCUCUCGACCACUUCCUCUUCAACAAUGUCCGCCCGCAACUGACGGACGACCAGUUCGCAAAGAUGAGACGCCAGCAGCCCUUCGAGGCUGGCAACACGCAGGUCGUUGGCAUACCGCCAGGCAGCGGCAACGGCAUCCCCAACGGCGGCGGCGGCGGCAGCAGUGAUGGCACAGGCAAGGGGAUACUGAUCGGGCUGCUCUCUGCCUUUGGAUCAGCUGGAGUCGCCAUCCUCAUCCUCGCGCUGUUCUUCUUCUUCAGAUAUACCCAGCGUGGACGCAUCCUGCUGGACCGCAUCGGCAGGCCGGGCGAGUACGACGACGAGCAGGAGUUUGCCAGAGAAGAGGCCGAAGCGCUGGAGAACAUGGAUGAACUGCAGGCUGCCGAAUAUUUUAGGGCAAAGGCGUUCGUGCAAGCAAACCCCCCCGAGACGAUGCAGACGGACAUAUCGCUCUCUCAGUUCCUCGCGAUCCAGGAAAAGGGAGUGUCGGCGUGGGAGUUCGAGCCGGAGCUGGAAAUUGCCAACUGUUUCGUCGAGGGACGGACGGAGAUCGAGUUCUUCGACUCCGAGUGUGGCGUGCAGAGCAACCUGCCCGUCCCCAAGCAGAACGACGUCUACUACUGGGAAGCAAAGAUAUACGAUAAACCAGAGACCACCCUCCUCAGCAUCGGCAUGACUACAAAGCCGUAUCCGCUCUUUAGACUACCAGGCUUCCACAAGUCGUCCGUCGCAUACCAGUCCACCGGCCACAGGAGACACAACCAGCCCUUCAACCCUACAUCCUACGGACCUGCCUACGUCCAGGGAGACGUCGUGGGCGUCGGCUACCGGCCCCGCAGCGGCACCAUCUUCUUCACCCGCAACGGCAAGCGGCUGGACGACGUCGCCCACGGCCUUCGAUCGCAGAACUUCUUCCCUACCGUCGGCGCCAACGGUCCAGCCACCGUCCACGUUAACUUCGGCCAGAUGGGCUUCGUCUUCAUCGAAGCUAAUGUGAAGAAGUGGGGUCUCGCGCCGAUGACGGGUAGUUUGGCCCCUCCGCCACCGUACGGGAGCGAGCAGGGGAGUAUCCUACUCGAGGCCGGCAGCCAGAACGACGCCGGCCAGGGCCAGGGACAGAGCAGCCAGAGUGCCCAGCAGUGGUGGCAUCCGGAAUACGUCCAUCAUGCUCACCAGCAGCAUAAUUCGCAGGUUCAUGCACGAACGCGGAGUGGAACGUUGCGCGGACAUCUACAUGCUGCUACACAGGCACCAACGGCACCCGUCAGGACGCCAACAGAUAUCUCGCUUGGUCCGCUGCCUCAUGUAGCGUCCAAUCCAGAUCUGCCUGCUGGCUCCGAGGCGUCCACUGAAACGAACGACCAUCCGAAUACCCAGGUCAAUGUCAGCAUCACCACCAGGCAGCCGGUAGACGACGUUCCUCCGCCAGAGUACCGUAGCCCAGGCCACUCUCCGCCGUGCGUUGCUGUCAGUCUUAUGUUUCCCUGCCACGCACGAAAUGCUUUCUACGUCUCUCCCCCUAAAACCGUGCUUUGCGUUUAUAUCGAGCCAGAUGGAUGUAAUUAG